AUGAUCAAUUUAAAAGCUGAGCAAAGAUCUACGUGUGCAGGAUGGUUGCAUACAUUUAUAUCGGAGGUUGAAACAGAAAAUGGAGGUCACAUAUCAUUAAAAGUGAAACCCUUAGAUGGAACUGCGGUUUAUGGAGAUGUGUCCUACACCAUAGAGUGUACAAUAACUGGAACCCAGGCUACAGCAUGGUCGUGGUCAAAGAGCUCAAUCACUAGUACUAGUGGUAACACAGCGAUACUAUCUAGUAGAAGCAAAUACAGCAUAGUAAUAUAUCCAAAUGCUACGGAUUUAACUAUACAUAACAUUGUAGAUGAGGAUGAGCAGGACUAUUUCUGUCAAGCGACAAUAAAUAUUGGUACAGGGUUAAAAUUCCAGACGAAAUCAAGGCUUAUUGUCAAUGGAGGUAUCUUAACUAUUACUAUUUCUCCUGCUAAGGCUGAUGUUCUCCAGGGACAAUCUCAAUUAAUCUCAUGUUUCGUCACCGGGGAACCAGUAGCCUCUGACAUAAAAUGGUAUUUUACAGCAACUGGUUCUGAGCAACUGCAAUUACUAUACACAGGAAAUACAGCCAAGUAUUCUGGCGGUAACACUCAGAACCCUUCUUUAACAAUACUGAACUUCCAAUCUUCUGAUAGUGGUAAAUAUGUCUGUUCUGCUUCAAAUGCUGUUGGAACAAGUACCAGUUCAUAUAGUGUUCUUAGAUCCAUAAGUGACCUAGAUAUAAUUGCGUCGUUGACACAAUAUUCAGCUAUAGUAGGUGAUUCCAAGGUCACUAUGUCGUGUACAAUAAAUGGCGAGCCACCAGCAAUUGGAUGGGACUGGACAAAAACACAAGUUGAUGAAGGCAGCGCUGAAAUAAUAGCUCAGGGGACAAAUAAUGCAAAAAGACAAAUUAUAACAUCUGCAACCAACCCGGAUUUAAAUAUAUUCAGCAUUACAGGAAACGAUGAGGGUAUUUAUAAAUGCGAGCGAACAAUGGUAAAAGACACUUUAUAAGUAACCAUGUCAAUCUUAAAGUU